UGAGAGAAAGAAAACACAUGGCCGUUUCCCUACCCAACCCCACCAGACACGCGUUCUGACGAAUACGCGGAGGGGACGGAGGUACGACCGGUAGACCAGCCAGCCCGCAGCACCAGCAUAUAACCUCGCUCGCCGCCGCGGGUGGACCGGACAGCUCACAGACGCUGUUGCUACUCCCCUCCCUCUCCCUUCUUGCCUGCUUCCGCCGCUACCUGCUCCUCCUCCGCCCCUCCGCCGUCGCCGGGACACGCCCAAGCCAGGACUUGUUUUCAGAAGAAUAUGUCUUGCUUUGGAUGCUGUGGUGAUGAAGAUACUCAAAGAGCACCAGACAACAGGAAUCAAUACCCAGGAAGCCAUCCAGCAAGGAAUGAUGCAUACCGCACUGCCGAUCCAAUUCCCAAAGGUCCUCAACCUGUGAAAGUGCAACCCAUUGCAGUUCCCACCAUUCCUAUGGAUGAAAUUAGGGAGGUUACAAAGGGUUUUGGUGAUGAGGCUUUGAUUGGUGAGGGUUCCUUUGGCAGAGUAUAUUUUGGUACUCUAAGAAAUGGUAGAGGUGCAGCAAUCAAAAAGCUGGACUCCAGUAAGCAGCCAGACCAAGAAUUGCUGGCACAGGUAUCUAUGGUGUCAAGGCUUAAGCAUGAAAAUGUUGUUGAGUUGCUUGGUUACUGUCUUGAUGGGAACACCCGUGUCCUUGCUUAUGAGUUUGCCACUAUGGGCUCUCUUCAUGAUAUGCUUCAUGGAAGGAAAGGUGUUAAAGGGGCUCAGCCAGGUCCGGUCUUAUCAUGGAUACAACGGGUGAAGAUAGCUGUUGGUGCCGCGAAAGGCCUAGAGUAUCUUCAUGAGAAAGCACAGCCUCACGUCAUACACAGGGACAUCAAGUCCAGCAACGUUCUUCUCUUUGAUGAUGAUGUAGCUAAAAUAGCUGACUUCGAUUUGUCAAACCAAGCUCCUGACAUGGCAGCCCGGCUUCACUCAACUAGGGUUCUGGGAACAUUUGGAUACCAUGCACCUGAGUAUGCGAUGACUGGUCAACUUAGCUCUAAGAGCGAUGUGUACAGUUUUGGAGUUGUUCUUCUGGAGCUAUUGACUGGGAGGAAACCUGUCGACCAUACAUUACCGAGGGGGCAGCAGAGCCUUGUCACAUGGGCCACCCCAAGACUGAGUGAAGAUAAGGUUAGGCAAUGUGUUGACUCAAGACUUGGAGGGGACUAUCCUCCUAAGGCUGUUGCAAAGUUUGCAGCCGUCGCGGCAUUGUGCGUCCAAUACGAAGCCGACUUCCGGCCAAACAUGAGCAUCGUCGUCAAGGCGCUCCAGCCCCUGCUGAAUGCGCGAGCAGCCCACCCUGGGGCUGAGCAUGCCGGACGCUAAGCUCCACUCCUUGUAUGAUAUAAUAGAUAAGGAAAAAUGAGCCAUCAAUUGUUGUUCUUGCGGGGCGCGUGGCAGGCGGUUUUUGUACAUUUGUGAUUAUUCUUCCCAAGUUGUAACCCUCGAGAUUCUAGUACCAGAAAUAUUUGAUUCUUUGUAUCGGUUGCAAGGUCAGCAAGUAUCUAGUACCUAGAACACUUGUCAUCAGACAGAAAAAGGAAGAAAAUAAACACUGCUGCGUGAGCUUAUGUCA